GUCUCACCGGCUGCAGCGGAGCGAGUAUCAAUCUGUGGGCUGCUCAUAAUCAGAAUGAUACAGAUUUUGGAACCCCGUUCUCUUCCACGAUCCAUAAUGCCCCAGAUUUUGGAACCCCGUUCUCUUCCUCGAUCCAUAAUGCCCGUAGAUGUGGCAGUUAGGAUAUGCCUGGCCCAUUCUCCACCGCUAAAAAAAUUUCUCAGCCCCACCGAUUGCAGGGGAAGAAAUUUUAUCAACCGAUAUAAGCCACUAAGACCAUGCCUCAGUCUGAAAAAGGAAUCCGAAUCCAGGGGCAAUGAGUGGAACCGCUCAAAAUCCAGAAACAAAAAGAAGGUGGUCUUUGCUGAUUCCAAAGGUCUUUCCUUAACUUCAGUGCAUGUGUUCUCAGUUUUCAAAGAUGAAUCUUCAUUGGAUCUUCAGUUUGACCUGAUAGACCUAGAAGAUAUAACAGCCAGUUUAAAGCUGCAUGAAGAGAAAAACUUGAUACUGGGAUUCACUCAGCCUUCCGCUGAUUACCUACAGUUUCGCAACCGCCUGCAGAAAAGUUUAGUCUGCCUAGAGAAUUGCAGCCUUCGGGAAAGAUCUGUAGCAGGUACCAUCAAAGUUAAAAACCUGAGCUACAAAAAAUCUGUCAAGAUUCGUAUCACCUUUAACACCUGGAAAUCAUUCGUAGAUGUGGAUUGUGUCUACCUGAACAACGUCUAUGGAAGCACUGACAUCGACACUUUUUCCUUCGUCGUCAACAUACCCCCCAACAUUCCCAGUCACGAGAAAAUCGAAUUCUGUAUAUCCUACGAAAGUGAAGGGCAGGUCUUCUGGGAUAACAAUGACGGACAGAACUACUCAGUGACCCGUGCAGAAUGGAAAUCAGAUGGUGUACACACACGUUCACCAACUAAAACAGACAUUGCAUCAUAUGAAUAUAAGAAGAAACCACAAAACAAUGACUUUGAUCAGUUUGGAAGCCCCAGAACAUCUGCUGGUCUGUAUCCUGAAUGGCAAAGUUGGGGUAAAAUAGGGGGUUCACCUUACUGGUGAAGAACAGCAUUAAUGUUCUGCUUCAUUCAUUCUCAUCUAAACUUCUUAGUGUUGAUGAGACCUCAUUUGCAAAUAUACAAAUGAAAAUGCUUUAAAUCAAGGUAUAAGGAAAGGUGAUAACUAUAUGUUCACAGCCAUAGCUUAGGACAGUACGCUUUUCACAAGCACAUUGCUAAAACACAGUAUGUACUGCCUUUGUCUACUGUAGGAAUAGAAGCUCAGUGCUUAUGCCAGCGGAACCUCUGGCUUUGAUCAUAUACACAGAAUAUACAUUUAUUCAAGAUUAAUAUUAUGAGAUCUAAACGCUGCAGCUUGUUUUUGUAAACUAUGUAACCCACAUGAGGAUAGUUCUUACAAGGAGGGCAGCAGUUAGAAUUCAGGACACCCUAAGGAGUUUUGUCAAUAUCUGUUUUUUUUAGGAUGAAUCUGUGGUACGAAAUGGCUAACGAUACAACAAAUGAAGAUCAACAAGCUGCAAAUAUGGAGAAGCAUGCCAUGUAUUUCUAGUGACCUGCCAUGUAUAGAUGAGCAUGAAACGCGCCAGGCACCUGGAAAAGGAGUGUUAGGUUUGAAUUUAAAAGCUGGACUUUAAAAACCUUUCACAGACUCCGUAAGUUUAAGUAGUGUUAGAUCAUGCAGGGUGACCCAUAAAUGUGCAAUCUGUAUCCUUGUAGCUGUCCAGCAUACCACCAUUAAUAGUUCAGCUGCAACCAAUGGAUCACUUUUUGGUCAUCCCUGUUAUAACGUUUAUGGAUGUAAUAAAGAAUUAAUGAAUUUGCACUGCAUUGGAAGCAGGCAUGGGUACAGAAAGUGCACUAACUAGUUCAGUGUGAUUUUAUUGGGAAGGGAGGGUCUUGUAGUGUUGCUUUAAGUUAUCCCAACAAGUCUGCUUUGAUAUAAAAACAAGUGCCUUUUCUAAAAGAUUGCCAAAAACUGCAUAGUUACACUACAUCAUCACUUCUGUAAUAUAUUCUCAGUUUUCUAAACUAUUUUCCUUCCCCACUCGAUCCCGCUGUAUGCUAGAGGUGUAAUGCCUCUCUGGUCCACUGGGCUCUGGGAAACCUAAAACAAAGGAUGUAUUAUUUUGGCUGAUUACACGUUCAACCUUUUAGUGUUAUGUGCAAAUAAAGAGCAACCUUCAGGAUGACAAAAACCUUCAUACUCCCUGCCCUGUAAAAAAAAAUGCACUUGUUUGCAAGGAAUCUAUAAUAUUCUCUGUCUUCUACGUUUUUUGAGAUAAUUAAUUACAGAAAGCAGAAAAUUCAAUUUCCUUCAUAUUGAAGGCAACCCAAAUAAUUUUUGCACCUUUAUAUGUGAAUUUGGUAUUUGAUAGCAAUGUAGUUUCCUUAAUGGAUACAAUGAUUGUAGUUGAUAUUUUUGCACAUCAGGUAGUGUUUUCUUUCCAUUGAGUAAUGACAGCUUUUUAUUAAAUACCUUUAUGGCGCAGAGAAUUAUGUUUUAUUUCCCCUUUUCUUCUCUCAAGAACUCUUGCACUUUUUACAUGAAAUAGCCGAGCAGUGUAUUUUUCUAUUUUGUAACUGGCUUAAAUGUGUAUUUUUUGAUGUACAUUACGUUUGUAAGCUGACAAUACUAUUUUGUGAUGACAGAAUGAAAAAAUAGGGCAGCAUUCAUGACUGUGAAAUGAACUGUAAUACUUAUUAAGACUGAUGAUCAUUAAUUUGUUUAUUUGAUAUGACUGUCCAAUGUGUGAAAUGAAAUCAGCUUUAAGGAAUGUUUAUAGGUCACUUUAUUAGCGCUAUAUAUCGGAUAUUGAUCUUUAGAGUGAUGAGAGAGAGAGAGCAAGUCAUGAGUUCUAACCCAAAAGUCUGUUUCCUACAAUGUUUUAUCACUGUAAAAUAAACCGUUCUACGUAAAAUGUGAACUUUCAAUAAUAAAUUAUGUUUUGUAUAA